UUGUCUGGGAGGAGUCCGCAGUCUCUUGGCGCUCCGUCCCACCAACAUUUGUUCUGGGAACGGAGGAAUCGUGGAAAUACGCUCCAAAAAAAUCCGAUUUUAUGUUUCUUUAAAAUGCAACAACGUUAUAUUUAGCGGUUGUGAAGAGGGAAACACGUGAAUAUUGUGAGGAGUAUGUCUCACCAGAUGAAACAUUAGCCGAUGAGCCAGACGACAAAGGAAAGAGUUUAUUGUGAGAAAUGAGGCGGAGGGAACCGUGCAAAUAACAAUCUGAGAAGAGACUUUGAGACAGAAGGAGAUGGGAAAUUCAGAGAGCCAGUACAGCAUCCAGGGUCCCAAAGGCACCAGCUUUGUCUUCCCUGGAAAACAGAAGCCAUACUCACUGAAGCUCCGUUCAGCCAAAGACGACGCUCUGUCACCCCAUACAUGGUGGAAACAUGCGCCAGGAGGCUCAGGGUACAAGGCCAGGUCUGUUGGCCGCGGCUGUCUCUCUCCUCCUAAAAGCCGGCAGCCUUACUCCACUCGUCACUAUGACUAUGUCUCCAAGGGAGCGAGGGGCAGCCCAAGUGAGCAUCGCUGGCAUCGGACCCCUGGAUGUGGUAUACACAGGCGGCAUACGUCAGAUGAAUAUGAAGAUAAUCCAUAUGGUGCAGAGCUCAAUGGCCACACCCUGAAUGGACACAGUGAUGAGCAUGAGGUUUUAGAAGACCAGAGCAGCCCACGGGUGGUGAUCAAGAAGGAUGGCAGUCUCAGGGUGGAGUUCACCAACACCUCAGGCAAUGCCCUCCUGCUGGACGAGGCUUCUGGUCCUGUCCAGCUCCUUAAGUUCUCUCCCAACCUGGAAUCUGCCUCUACCCCCAGUCUGCCUGGUUCCAGCGGUAGUAGACCUGAUAGCCACCGCAGUGGUCCACCACCAGCCUCUACCUCCUCCACGGCCAGGACCAGUAAAGGAAGCUCACUGAGCUCUGAUGGUUCCUGGUAUGACUCUCCCUGGGGGCCCAGCACAGAGCUGUGUGAGCAGGACCAACCCUGCUCUGCCAGCCGGACACUAGUCCACUCCCCCAUCCACCAACUUGACUCUUUCACUGAGCAGUGUCCCCCUUUGUCCAUCACAGACCUCUACAGGGACUCCACAAUGGCUGCUACCUUUCCCACAGCCAAGGACUUGUCCUCCCGUUUACAGGAGCCUCCACCAGGUCGACGGACACACCGAGCCUCUUUUGCAUCAGUUCUGGAUGUUCCCUUGGAGGAAGAAUGCCCAGAGGCCCGGCAAUACUCAUCAUACACCUUGCCAUGUCGAAGGCCCAAAGCCCACACCAUGAGUGAGGAUCUAGACCAGUACCCUGAUCAGGAACAGCACCAGGAGCAGGUUGGACCAGAUUUUGGCUUCCACAAGAAAGGUUCCAUUAAAAACCGCAUCCGACGCUUGAGUGACUGGACUGGCAGCCUCAGCCGCAAGAAGAGGAAAUCUCAGGGUUCAUUCAGAGAUCUUAUCUACAUGGAGACCAGGUACAAGGACCUGAGCGAUGCCUUUGACAGUGGAGUUGAUGGCCUGACUGCAGACACAAGCUCCCCCUCCCAGGUCUCAAGCCUCGUUUGGUUCCCAGGAGCAUCCAGGGCCCAAUCGUCAGGGGCUAUUCACCAAACGACCAACGAUGCCCUCCGCCAGAACAUUUAUGAGAACUUCAUGAGGGAGCUAGAGAUGGGCACUGGACAGGGAGGAGGCGAAAGAAGAGACGCUUCCACCGAGGAGGGGGAGAGCAGCAGUGAGUCGGCCGAGGGUUCCCUGGAGCAGCUGGACCUACUGUUUGAAAAGGAGCAAGGGGUGGUCAGACGGGCUGGGUGGCUUUCUUUCAAACCCCUCGUAACCCUGCACAAGGACAGGAAGCUGGAGCUAGUGACUCGCCGCAAGUGGAAGCAGUACUGGGUGACCUUGAAAGGAUGUACAUUGCUGUUCUAUGAGACAUAUGGUAAAGGCUCUCCAGAGCAGGAUCUAUCACCUCGCUAUGCUCUCCUGGCUGAGGACAGCAUCGUCCAGGCCGUUCCUGAGCACCCCAAAAAGGAGAAUGUCUUCUGCCUGAGCAACUCAUAUGGAGAUGUCUACCUCUUCCAGGCCAGCAACCAGACCGACCUGGAAAACUGGGUGACAGCCAUUCACUCUGCCAGUGCCUCGCUGCUGGCCAAGCGCCAGGGCAAAGAGGAUACAGUGCGUCUGCUGCGGAGCCAGGUCCGUGGCCUGCUGCAGAAGAUCGACAUGGAUGGGAAGAUGAAGAAGAUGGCUGAGCUUCAGCUGACGGUAGUCAGCGAUCCCAAAAACCGCAAGGCCAUUGAAAACCAGAUCCAGCAGUGGGAGCAGAACCUGGAGAGGUUUAACAUGGAUCUCUUCAGGAUGCGCUGCUACUUGGCCAGUCUACAGGGUGGAGAGCUGCCCAACCCAAAGAGCCUGCUAGCUAUUGCUAGCCGCCCCACCAAAACCACCCUGGGACGCCUGGGCAUCUUCUCUGUCUCCUCCUUCCACGCACUGAUCUGUUCCAGAGAUGAGGCCACGCUCAGGAGGCGCUCUUUGUCCCUGACUUACCGUCAGCGCAAGAGAGGCCUGUUCUCCUCGCUCAAAGGCCUCGACAACCUGACCAAGAGAGGCCGGGAAAAGAGGCCCUCUGCAUCACAGAUCUUUGAGAGCGAUGCAGGAGGUCAAACGUAUGCCCUACCUCCCAGGAGCACCGAGAGGCUGGAUGUGCUGACCAGCAUCUACUCCAUGUCGCCCCCUGAGGGCAGUGUGUGGGACAGCAUCAGUGGUGCCACAGACGUGCUGACGUGUGUCUACAUGCCAGACAGCCUGACAGUCCAAGUUCCCGUCAGAAGAGACCAGACAGCUGCCGACCUUCUCUCUGCAGCCUGCAAGGUGAAACAGCUGGACCCGGGUCUGCACUGCCUCCGACUGCACAGGCGAGUGGGACCGGACAUGGAGUUUCGACACGUGGCGCCUGGCGAGUUCCUCCGAGAUGUGGUCAAUGAUCAGUUGGAGGUGGUCCCACUUAAUGUUUUUACGCUGCACAUGAGCAAGCCGAGUGGCACUGGAGACUUUGGUUUCGCAGUAACAGGACAUAUAGACAGUCAAAAGAACAGCAGGAUCUUUGUCAGUGAGGUGCUCCCUGAUGGACUGGCCUUCAGCGAAGGUUUGCGUCCAGGCGAUGAGAUCCUAGUGCUGAAUGGCCGCUGUGUGUCGGGGCUGGACCUGGCACUGAUCCAGACGCUGUUUGCUGAGCAGACCCUCCACCUGAGCAUGAGGCGGGACGGGCCGCUGCCUCUAAACGUGGCAUCCAACCACCCGGCUCCCAAACACAAGCACCGAGCCAAGUCCUCCACAGAUGUGUGUGCUGCAGUGGAUGGUGGCGAGUCCCUGUGUGUAGGACUGGAGAAUGGUCACUCGCACUGCGCACACAGGACUGUACAGCACAGCAAGAGCGUGGACACAGUGUGCACUCUCUACCAGUCCUUCCAGGAGGGGACGGGCUCAGGCUCUGGGGGUCUGAUGGACGACACCAAAGAACCACCAGUGAGGCAGGGAGGGGAGUUAGGGUCGGGUCCCAGGGGUGAGGCCGCUCUGCUCAGGCCCUGCCCUAAGCACAUGAGCGGCACUGAGAGGUUACGCAAGGUCAUACAGGAGUUGGUGGACACAGAGAAAUCCUAUGUGAAGGACCUGGCGUGUCUGUUCGAGAUCUACCUGAAACCUCUGCAGAAAGAAACCUUCCUCACACUGGACGAGAUGGAGAGUCUGUUUGGCAGCCUUCCAGAGAUGUUGGACUUCCAGAGAGUCUUCCUACAGACACUGGAAGAGAGGAUCGCCUCCUCACCUGACUUCAGCACCCUUGAGACCCCCUCACAGUUCAAGAAGCUGCUGUUUUCUCUUGGGGGUUCGUUCCUCUACUACGCCGACCACUUCAAGCUCUACAGUGGCUUCUGUGCCAAUCACAUCAAGGUUCAGAAGGUCCUGGAGAGAGCUAAGACGGAUCAGGCCUUCAAGGAAUUCCUAGACGCGAGGAACCCCACCAAGCAGCACUCAUCCACCCUGGAGUCCUACCUGAUUAAACCGGUGCAGAGGGUGCUUAAGUACCCCCUGCUGCUCAGGGAGCUGGUCUCCCUCACUGAUGCUGACAGCGAAGAGCACUACCACCUCACUGAGGCCCUGAAAGCCAUGGAGAAAGUGGCUAGUCACAUCAAUGAGAUGCAGAAGAUUUACGAGGAUUACGGCUCCGUCUUUGAUCAACUGGUUGCUGAGCAGACCGGCCACGAUAAAGAGGUCACAGAGAUCUCUAUGGGAGAGUUUCUUCUGCAUUCCUCGGUGGUCUGGCUCAACCCGCAUCCAUCGUUGGGCCGCAUGAGAAAAGACCCCGAAAUGACCGUGUUCGUGUUCAAGAAAGCGGUGAUAUUGGUCUACAGGGAACACAACAAGCUGAAGAAAAAGAUGACGAACCCUCGUUCGGCACAUUCUCACGGAGAUUCAGAUCCCUUCAAGUUCCGUUGGCUCAUCCCACUCUCUGCGCUGCAGGUCAGACUGGGAAAUACUGCAGGAACAGGCACAGAGAGCAGCUGCAUCUGGGAGCUGAUUCACUCCAAGUCUGAAGUGGAAGGGAGACCAGAGACAGUCUUCCAGCUGUGCAGCAGUGUGCCAGAAAGCAAGGUCAACAUCAUCAAGGUGAUCCGAUCCAUUCUCAGGGAGAACGCGAGGAGGAACAUGAGGACUGACGGCACUCUGGAGAGGAACUGUAAGGAGCGCAUGGUCCCCCUGCGCAACACCCUGCCCGCCUCCGCCAAGCUAGGUUCCUCUAGAGCUUCCUGGUUGUGUAAGCAGCCACUUGGAGAUCUCCACGCCCAGGCUGGGAAUCCCAAGCCUGGACUAGACUCAGAUGAAGGAAGCCUGAGCAGUGGAACCUACAGUUUGUCUGGGCCUCCUCCGCCCUGCAACUCUUCUGACUCGCAUAUCCUCCCAGUCCAGCAGACUUGGUCUCAGACACCUGAGUGUAAUUCACAACCUCCCUCCAUCUCUGUGAAGGAGUCAGAUAUUUUAAGUGACGAGGACGAUGGCUUCAGCGAGACGGGGAGAACGAGGAGGGACAGUGGAGGCAGCAACUCCCCGACUAGCGCCAUUGAGGCUCAGUUCCUCCAACUUAAACUCUCAGAGGACGCGGCGUUAAAAUGUACACCGGCCCCUUGCGUCCAACCGGAGGGAGUGGGCGACACUCCGGAGAUCCAACCCAAACUGAUGCGAGGCCACUUCAAUGCUGUAAAGAGAAAAAACAGCAGUUUCAAGAGGAGCCAGGGUGCACUGUUGAACAUGAAGGAGCACAGCAGGUCACUAGACAGCCAAACCGAUGCAGUGUCGUCUUCAGGGGCGGUGGACCUCAACACACUGCUGGACAGGGAGUUCAGUGUCCAAAGUCUUACUUCAGUAGUCAAUGAAGACUGUUUCUAUGAUCCAGCUGAGAGCUGUGCCACUGACUCUGAACAAGCCCCCUCCUCCUAAGGGUGUACACAGAGCAGAACAAGACUAUACUAUACCAGGGCAACAAGUUAGUGGUCAAACAGUCUGAGGGGCUGACUAAAGCCCCUGUGCCACUAGAGGGGAAACCCCUGUGACUCACUGCAGGCUCUAACAAGGUGGCUAUGAAGCUGUGUCUCAACACGGAAGUCCAUUUAGUAAGCCGCACACCUGCCUAGUUAAGGUCAGGUGUAAAUGAUGUAUUCUGAUGGAAGCCUAUUGGCUGACAGACACGGUUUUCCUCCCCUGGAGAAGCGAAGCGAGAUGAUUUCUGUCCCAGUGAUAAUGACUGCAAUGAAUCUGCUAAGCACUGAUGCGCACCCUCGGGUCUCCUCUGCUCUAAGCCUUGCCUUCUCCCUGCAAACCGUUUCAGUGACGUAUUCCAUCCAAGUUUUCCCUGCAGCUCAUGCUGAUUUGCAGUUUUUAUCCAAUUUUUGACCUUUUCUGUGAAGAAAUGGGGGAGAAUGUCAUUUGUCUGUCUGGUCAGUCCCAAAAGUUAAAGAGAAGUCCACUGUGCAUACAGCCACGGGACACUGAGGUAAAAUAACAAAAGGUUUCUUGGGCGACCACACUGGUGCUUUAGGACAGUUUGCUGGGCAGCAGGCUUUCAUGUUUUCAGGCUUGGUAGGGUAUGCAUUCUGUGGUUUCACAGAAGCAAAUACUAUAGGUCACUCACCGCUUAUUAUAAAUUUUUGUAGGAAAAGGAGUGAGUGUAAGCUUUUGCAGAUUGAUAAAAUUCACCCAAAGACCUGCUGCAGUCAAGUCAUACUUCCUGUGAAGAGAUGAUAUUGGCUUAAGUUGAACAGGAAGGACACUGACUUGCGCAACAAAGCCUUUUUGCUGUAUUUUGUGCACUAAAGUACACUGUUUGCCUAUAUAUUUGAAAUUUUUAUCUGUACAGGUUUUAAUGUUAUUAAUGCUUUUUAUUUAUUAAUAGGUUUGAUUAUGUAUAUCUAAUCAAAGUAACUUUUUGGGUGAGGGCUUGAACCGUUAAAGAUUUGGUCCACAAGUAAAUAAAAAAAAAUAAAAAAAGCAAUACAGCUUGACGGUUUUUCACUUAAUUUUAAAUGUAGCCUACUGGAUUUUGGUUGUUUUUUUUGCUGAAGAUUGUAAUUUCCAGUGCAUACAUUGGAAUGUACAAGUGUUUUUGAGAUAUGGCUGCUUAAUUGAAUGAUUUUAAACUGCAAUAAUUUUUAAAACCCAAUGUUUCUUUUUAUGUUUAUAUGUGUCCUGUAUAUAUAAUCUUUUCUAUCUUUUAAACAUUUAUGUAUUCUCUUAUACAUACUUGACACUGUACAGGUAAGAAACAAGGCAGGAAUUUGCAAUAAAUUCAGCUGAUAUUUUUGUAAAACAUUGUUUGCUACAGCAUAAAGUACAUGUUGAGGUACUAUAAAAUGGCAAACCACUACUACAGUACACUCUUUACCUUCUCAGCUCAACUUUACCAUGCCUUUAAUGCUAGCAUACCAAUGAAUGUGAAUGCCCCAUUUUUAUGGAACUGUUUUAUAAAUAAAAGUUUUAUCUGUGAGUGACA